CGCGGGAGCGGGAUGGAGAGCAGCAGCCCGCGGCCCCCGAAGCCCAGCUCGGGUCCCGCGCUGAGCCUGGACGCCCGGCUGGGCGUGGACACGCGCCUCUGGGCCAAGGUGCUGUUCACCGCGCUCUACUCGCUCAUCUUCGCCCUGGGCGCGGCGGGCAAUGCGCUGUCCGUGCGCGUGGUGCUGAAGGGGCGCGCCGGGCCCCCGGGGCGCCUGCGCUACCACGUGCUCAGCCUGGCGCUCUCCGGGCUGCUGCUGCUGCUGGUCAGCGUGCCCAUGGAGCUCUACAACUUCGUGUGGUUCCACUACCCCUGGGUGUUCGGCGACCUGGGCUGCCGCGCUUACUACUUCGUGCGCGAGCUGUGCGCCUACACCACCGUGCUGAGCGUAGCCGGCCUGAGCGCCGAGCGCUGCCUGGCUGUGUGCCAGCCCCUGCGCGCCCGCCGCCUGCUGUCGCCGCGUCGGACCCGCCGCCUGCUGUCGCUCAUCUGGGCCGUCUCGCUCGGCCUCGCCCUACCCAUGGCAAUCAUCAUGGGGCAGAAGUACGAGGUGGAGACGGCGGGCGGGGAGCCGGAGCCCGCCUCGCGCGUGUGCACUGUGCUGGUGAGCCGCGCCACGCUCCAGGUUUUCAUUCAGGUGAAUGUGCUGGUAUCCUUCGUGCUCCCCUUGGCAUUAACUGCCUUCCUGAACGGGGUCACUGUGAGCCACCUGGUGGCCCUCUGCUCCCAGGUGCCAUCCACUUCCGCCCCAGCCAGCCCCACCCCCAGCCACAUGGAGCUAACAAGUGAGGAGAGGAGGACGCUCCCCCUGGGGGGCCAGGCCAGCCUGGUGCAACACAAGGACUCCAGCCGUCUCCGCCGUCUCCAGCACAGCGUCCAGGUUCUCAGAGCCAUUGUGGGUGUGUAUGUCGUCUGCUGGAUGCCGUACCAUGUCCGCAGGCUCAUGUACUGCUACGUUUCCGAUGACGGGUGGACUGGGGCACUCUACAAUUUCUAUCACUAUUUCUACCUGGUGACGAACACGCUUUUCUACGUUAGUUCAGCGGUGACCCCUGUCCUGUACAACGUCGUGUCCUCCUCCUUCAGAAAACUCUUCCUGAAAGCCCUCGGCUCCCUGUGUCGAGAGCACCACCACAUGGAGCCAUGACCCCUCGGAGCCCCGGGGACCCUCUGAAUGGACCCAGCUCUGGAC